UCACGAAGAAUAAAAAAGCGGUAGCAUAAACGCGUGUGGUACUUUUGAAGUUUCCUCGUUAUUUAGUUUGGCAGGACAGAAUGAGCGAAAUUCCUCAAACUUCGUCAGUGUCAAAGGGAUGUUUUGUUUUCAAGUCAGCCUCUAAAAAGAGAAAGCGACAUGUAGAAGUUGGUGGAUAUUUGGCGGAUGAUAGUGACGGAAGCGAUCGCUUUAGGAUCUGUCAGAAAUUAUGGGAAACGGUUCAGAUGAACACAGAGGUAAUACAAGAUCAGUUGAAUAAAAAGGUACUUGACAGUCUUGCAGAGUUCAUUAAAAAGCAUGGACUUGCUUGCUCAUCUGAUGUUUGGAGACAGAGAGCCAGUGAAAUCCCCACAGCUGCUCUAAUGCUCGGGGUCAACGUGCCAGAUCAUGCCAUGACAUUUCGAAGUCUGUGUAAUCUCCUUCAGGAUUCUGUUACACCAUUUGUGGUGUCUGUUCAUGCCAAAGAAUGUGCAGCUGUAAAGCUCUUGAUUCAGAAGGUUCUAGAGCAGCUGAUGGGAAAAGGAGUGUCUGUGGAUGAAGAACAGGAAGAUGAUACAUCUUUGCUUCAAAAGACACAGUGCACUAUUAGUGCUCUGUGUCAGUGGUACAAGACUGUGUCUAAGAAAUGCACCAAAGUUGCUUUGGAAAGGACAGAAAACUCGACAAAUAAUGACUCGCCUCAGAGUUUGCCUGUUGUUGUGAUCUUCAAAGACUUUGAGGCAUUUAACUCACAUGUUUUACAGGAUUUUAUCCUUAUUUGCAGUCGUUAUGCUCAGGAGCUUCCAUUCGUGUUUAUUUUUGGCAUUGCCACUUCUCCCAGUGCUAUCCAGCACAGGCUUCCCCACUCUGUGUCAUCUUUGCUCUGCAUUGAGGUCUUUCAUUCUCUCUCAUGCACUCAGCAUUUAGCCUCUGUUUUUGACAAGCUCAUUCUGAACUCUCAGUUCCCAUUCAAGCUCAGCAGUAGGGUGAUACAGGUGCUGGUUGGCAUCUUCCUCUACCAUGACUUCUCUGUUCAAAAUUUUGUUAAGGGCCUACAGUUCUCCAUGUUGGAGCACUUUAAUAGCCAGCCUCUCAGUGUGCUUUGCUGCCAGAAACAAGAGGCCUUGCUUUCUGCCAAGACAUUGAGCAAACAAAAUGUUGAACGAAUCCGCCAUCUACCUUCGUUCAUGAGGUAUGUGGAGACUCAGGAGCCCCAGGAGCAGGUGCGGCUCCUUACCAGUGAUGAACAUGUCAAGGAAGUAUGUCAAAAAUUACUGAAAAACCUCCAUAAAUACCACAAGCAUUACUAUCCCAUUCUACAGUGUCUGCACUCUUUGACAUCAUCACUGCCUAAAUUUCCUCUGGGGAAGCAUAUACGCGAACUGCACGUAUCCUGCAUUGAGAAGAAUUUGUGGGAAACCGAAGAGUACGAUUCAGCCUUGCAGCUUCUGAGGAUUCUAGCAAAAGAUGAGCUUGUUGCAGCUUUACGGAAGUGUGCAGAAAUUCUUAAAUCUGCCAAUACCAAGAGAAUGCAAAAUGUUUUGCAACAAUUUGAAGAUUUUAUUGGCAAAUUGGAAGCACUGGAGGGUGUCUCUUCAGAAGAUUCCUCUGGGAAUGGUGUCAUCUCAGCAAAAAUGGAAUAUCAGAAAACGGAUCUCUUUCAGCUUCAAAAGACGCUUCUUGAAAAAGAGUCCCGAAGAACUAAGAAAAUGAAUCCAUUCGAAGUGCUUCGAAGCCAGGUGAUAGAGUUUAUUGACAGCCUUGUGAGAGAAUACUUGACUCCAGCAGAACUCCAGCCGCUCAAUGAAGUGUGCUACUACAGUUCCUCUGGGGUCCUGCGUCAGCGACUCAAUGUCACCCCACGAACAUCCAUUCAAGCUGCUCUCAGUCAUCCUUUCUACUACUUGCAGAAUGAAAGCCUGAAAACAAAUGCUGGCACAAUCUCCAGUGCUGCACCAGACCUCUGCAUUGUAUACAAGCUUCAUCUUGAGUGUGGAAGACUCAUAAAUCUAUAUGACUGGCUUGAGGCAUUUGUAACUGUCAUGUCAGCUGCUGAGGACCAAGAUGCUGAUUCUGAGGAGUGUGGCAAAUUUGACAGCCUUAAGCAUGCUCGUUUCAUUCAGGCUGUUUCCGAGAUGGAAUUUCUUGGUUUUGUUAAAUCAACAAAACAGAAGACUGACCAUGUGGCAAGACUGACUUGGGGAGGAUGUUAAAGAAAUUAUUUGCAAAGCACCGUUUCCUGAGCACAAAAGACUGGCCUGCAAAUAAUUGAAAUAAUUGUGUAUUUUGUACUGUCAGCUGUAUUAUACAUGUUACUAUUUACUCCUUUUUUUUUUUUUUUUUUUUUUUGAACAGUUGUUGCUGUUUUGGUUAAUUGGAAUAAAAAUAAUAUACUGUU